CAUGCAGGCUGUAGACGCUCUUCACCACUGGCGAGUUUUUCCUCCUUCCCUCCCUCUCUCUUCCACCCAUCUUGCAUGUGCUACGUUUACCGAGCCUGACACAUCUCUCUCCAGCGGCAUCGGACACUGCGGGGGGAACAAGCCCACUAUGGAUUGCUAAAACUCGGGCUUCUUCUUCUCUUUUCCUUCCUUCUCCUUCGCCUUGUGUCCUCCUCCUCUAUGUAUCUCCACAGUUCUUAAGGGACGGAAAAUGAGGAUUAUUUACCCGCACUUUCUCGGGGUGUUUUCCGCCCUAUGGGGACUGGCGACUGGGGCUUUCCCCAGCAGCGUUCAGAUAGGUGGUCUGUUUAUCAGGAACACGGAUCAAGAGUACACAGCAUUUCGAUUGGCUAUCUUCCUGCACAACACCAGCCCCAAUGCCACAGAGGCUCCUUUCAACCUGGUACCCCAUGUCGACAACAUCGAGACAGCUAACAGCUUCGCCGUCACAAAUGCCUUCUGUUCACAGUACUCGCGGGGUGUGUUUGCCAUCUUCGGCCUGUACGACAAGCGUUCGGUGCACACCCUGACGUCGUUCUGCAGCGCUCUGCACAUCUCCCUGGUCACGCCCAGUUUCCCCACGGAGGGGGAGGGCCAGUUCACCCUGCAGCUCCGCCCCUCUAUCAGAGGAGCUCUGCUGUCCCUGCUGGACCACUACGACUGGAGCCGCUUCGUAUUCCUCUACGACACAGACAGAGGUUACGCCAUCUUACAGGCAAUCAUGGAGCGUGCAGGUCAAAACGGUUGGCAGGUGAGUGCCAUCUGUGUGGAGAGUUUCAACGAGGCAGCGUACCGUCGUCUGCUAGAAGACCUGGACCGCCGCCAGGAGAGGAAGUAUGUCAUCGACCUAGAGCCUGAGCGACUGCAGUGCAUUCUAGAACAGGCCAUUAGUGUGGGAAAACAUGUCAAAGGCUACCAUUACAUCUUGGCCAACCUCGGUUUUAAAGACAUAUCUCUAGAGAGGUUUAUGCAUGGUGGGGCUAACGUCACAGGGUUCCAGUUGGUUGACUUCAGUAAGCCCAUGGUCCUCAAACUGAUGCAGCGCUGGAACAAACUGGACCAGAGAGAGUACCCAGGCUCUGACAGCCCACCCAAGUACACCUCGUCUCUGACAUAUGAUGGGGUGUUGGUGAUGGCCGAAGCCUUUAGGAACCUGCGUCGUCAGAAGAUAGACAUCUCCCGUAGAGGAAAUGCUGGAGACUGUCUGGCCAACCCAGCUGCUCCCUGGAACCAGGGCAUAGACAUGGAACGCACACUCAAACAGGUGCGUAUCCAGGGCCUAACAGGUAACAUCCAGUUUGACCACUACGGCCGCAGAGUCAACUACACCAUGGACGUGUUUGAACUGAAGAGCAACGGACCACAACGGAUUGGCUACUGGAAUGACAUUGACAAACUGGUUCUGGUCCAAAAUGAGGUGUUGUUGUCCAAUGACAGCACCAGCUUGGAGAACAGGACAGUCGUCGUGACAACUAUCAUGGAAGGUCCGUAUGUGAUGCUGAAGAAGAACUGGGAGAUGUUUGAGGGGAAUGACCAGUUCGAGGGCUACUGCGUGGACUUGGCCUCAGAGAUCGCCAAACACAUCGGCAUCAAGUACAAGAUUGCCAUCGUCCCUGACGGCAAGUACGGAGCCAGAGACCCCGAGACCAAGAUCUGGAAUGGCAUGGUGGGAGAACUGGUCUAUGGGAAAGCAGAGAUAGCAGUAGCCCCUCUGACUAUAACCCUGGUCCGUGAGGAGGUGAUAGACUUCUCUAAGCCCUUUAUGUCCUUGGGGAUCUCCAUCAUGAUCAAGAAGCCCCAGAAAUCUAAACCUGGAGUGUUCUCCUUCCUGGACCCUCUGGCCUACGAGAUCUGGAUGUGCAUCGUCUUCGCUUACAUAGGAGUCAGUGUGGUGCUGUUUCUGGUGAGUCGUUUCAGUCCAUAUGAGUGGCAUGCAGAGGAGCCAGAAGAGGGCUCUACUGAGCCAGGCCCCAAUGACCAGCCACCCAAUGAGUUUGGCAUUUUCAACUCUCUCUGGUUCUCACUGGGGGCCUUCAUGCAGCAGGGCUGCGACAUCUCACCACGGUCUCUGUCGGGGCGUAUAGUGGGUGGCGUGUGGUGGUUCUUCACUCUCAUCAUCAUCUCGUCCUACACGGCCAACCUGGCUGCCUUCCUCACAGUGGAGAGGAUGGUGUCGCCCAUAGAGAGUGCUGAGGAUCUGGCCAAGCAGACGGAGAUCGCCUACGGAACACUGGACUCAGGCUCCACCAAGGAGUUCUUCAGGAGGUCAAAGAUUGCGGUAUAUGAGAAGAUGUGGUCCUAUAUGAAGUCUGCUGAGCCCUCUGUCUUCGCUAAGACCACAGCGGAGGGCGUGGCUCGCGUCCGCAAGUCCAAAGGGAAGUACGCUUUCCUCCUGGAGUCCACCAUGAAUGAGUACACGGAACAACGCAAGCCCUGCGACACCAUGAAGGUUGGAGGCAACCUGGACUCCAAGGGAUAUGGCAUCGCCACACCUAAAGGCUCACAGCUAAGAAAUGCGGUCAACCUGGCCGUGUUAAAACUCAACGAGCAGGGCCUGUUGGACAAAUUGAAAAAUAAAUGGUGGUACGACAAGGGAGAGUGUGGCAGCGGGGGAGGGGACUCCAAGGACAAGUCCUCCCAGGCCCUGAGCCUGAGCAACGUGGCUGGGGUCUUCUACAUCCUGGUGGGGGGUCUGGGCCUAGCCAUGCUGGUGGCCCUGGUCGAGUUCUGCUACAAGUCGCGUGCCGAGGCCAAGCGCAUGAAGCUGCCCUUCACAGAAGCCAUGCGGAACAAGGCUCGGCUGUCAAUCACGGGCAGUGUGGGUGAGAAUGGGCGUGUCUUAACACCGGACUGCCCUAAGGCCGUCCAUGCUGGCCACUCCCUCAGACACCCAGGGCUUACCCUACCAUCGGGCCUACCCUGAAAACCAAAAACACACACUGUGCCUUAACCACACACACGGCUACGUCAUUACCACCCCGACGCCACACACACAGACACACAGACCAGAGACCGCCAGCAAGCUAACAGCAACAACAGGGAGAGAGGAGGGACAAAUAUGAUGAUCACCAUCACACUAAAAUCCCAAUUUGAGCUCCAUGAAACAAGGACAACAAGGUGACAAACUAACAGUUAGAACACUGACGACGUGGAACCGAAAAGAAUAACAGAGAAAGAUAAAAAUGGUGAUGACGAUGGUGAUGAUGAAGACUUUGAGCACUGUCAUGAGCAGGCAGACAUUACUUUAUCUGCUCCAAUGUGAUAGACUGCGUCCUCUAACAAGCCACACCCCUGAUCCCCUACCAGGAAACAAUGCUUUAGGACAAACCUUCAUCAUCUUCACUUGCCUACGAAGAAUAAGCUCCAGGCGAAUCACUUAUAAGACCAGAAAACUGUAAACCUGAAAACGUUGGACUGUACAAACCUGCUCUUUCUCCAUGAACUGUUCAGACGAACAUGCUUUUACAACGCUUUGGUUAGCGUCUCGCAAACACAAUGCAGAGAUCACUGAAGUUACCGUAAUAGACGAAAACUCAACUGAUAUCUCCAAACUCAUAUGGCUAACACGACCGUAGGAUUCACAGGGGUUUAUAAAAAAUGAAAAUUUGAAAAAAGAGUAAUAGUUACUGAAAUGAUCCAUUAUAAUGACAGUAACGCUAAAUAACAACUAGAUGUAUCACUUCUCUGGGCAGGGAACAGAGGUAAAGCUGUACAUUCUGUGAAAAGUGAAGAAAACGUAUCAAAGUUCACCCCCCAUAUAAGGUAUUGUUUUUGACCAGGGCCACAUUUAGCCAUCUAGAGCGCUGGUCUAAAGUAGUCCACUAAAUGGGGGACAGGGUGUCACGUGAGACAUGGACAUGUUGUUUUCCAGUGGAGAGAGAGAAGGUACUGACUGUUUCAGAAGCUUGCAUUUUAAAAACUGUUGUAAAUUACUGUGUAGCAAAACUGAACUCACCUCUCUUUUUUAACCAUCUUAGGUAAUAAUUCAUUGCAAUAAUGAAUAUAAGAAAAUGCCACUUGUAAUUAUGAAUACAUCUUUUUAUAAAUACAUAUUAUAUAUAAUACAAAUGAAUAUAUAUAUAUAUAUACACACACACGUCUAUAGAGAGCUAUAGAAAAUGAUAUGAUCACCAUUGAGUGAGGCCAUGACACCUUUGAGGCCAUGACAUCUGUUCUGUUAAAGGGUGUUUUGAUAAUGAUAAUGAUUAUGUUCCAGUCUUUGUAUGUCCUAAUCCACACUGAAUGUCAAUCUGACACUCACAAUCACAUUUACAAACACACAUUGUCACUUACACAGUGUCAACUCUUACAGAACGAUCUUUGACAUCACAUGACAUGUCCCUUUCUUUCUAGUUGUUUGUUCCCCGUUUUUAUUUUGUUUUUUUGUCCACCAUUUUGAGAACAUAGCCUCUGUUCGUACAAUAGUCCCAGAUCUUCAUGUUUAUUCCUGUGAAAGGGUUAUUUUGUCUGGCCGUCUUCUGUUUUAAUGUCUAUUGCAGCUGUCUGGGUGGGCUAAGAGGAAAGGGAGAAAGAAAAAAGAACUAAAAUAACUAAAUUCAAGUUUUUUUUCUUCAAAGUACCACACGUUUAAAAUGAAAGAGUUCUAACUGAACGGUGGAGUUUGGUGGCAUUGACAGCAGUUGCGUGGGUAGUAUUGCCUUGGCCCUGGCAUUUUGAGCACUGUGUAUCUCCUCUCCUCUCCUCCACUCUUCUCCUCCCACUGACAGGGUCCUGCCUAAACUGAGUGUCAAUGCACACAAAGUCACCUUGCCCUUGACAUUAAACCCUUGACCUUCUCUAGCUUUGACCUUUCUACUCUUAUAGGCACUGACAUGACCAGUCAGUAUUUAAACUCUCACUCUGAGCCCUAGUCUUUUUCUCUCUCCCUCUCUUAACCCUCUAGAGCUUACAAGAUAUUUAGGUUGUUGUUUUAGUGUUCGAUCUCCCACCAAAUGAACUAACCCCAAGCAGGCACUCCUACCUGUGUAUCGUUGAAGCAGACAGGCUGACUGCUGGCUAACUACUAACCACCUUAGGUUUUUCUGGGUUUAACACAAUCUUUCUUUGUAUUAGGUUUCUUUUUCUAGUAAAAUAUCAACCCCUCUUUUCUCUGUGUAUUUCUUUAACCUCUGGCAUCGGUGCGCUCUUCCACCCCCCCCCCGUGGAACGGUUGAGCUAACGUAGGCUAAUGUAAUUAGCAUGAAGUUGUAAUUAACAAGAACAUUUCCCAAGACACAGACAUGUCUGAUAUGGGCAGAAAGCAUACAUUUGUGUUAAUCUAACCGCACUGUCCAAUUUACAGUAGCCAUUACAGUGAAAUAAUACCAUGCUAUUGUUUGAGGAGAGUGCACAGUUAUGAACUUGAAAAUGUAUUAAUAAACCAAUUAGGCACAUUUGGGCAGUCUUGAUACAACAUUUUGAACAUAUAUGCAAUGGUUCAUUGGAUCAGUCUAAAACUUUGCACAUACCCCGCUGCCAUCUAGUAGCCAAAAUCAAAAUGUUGCCUGGGCUGGAAUAAUACAUUAUGGCCUUUUUCUUGCAUUUCAAAGAUGAUGGUACAAAAAAAUACAAAGAUCUAAUGUGUUAUAUUCUCCAAAAUUAAUUUCACAUUUCCACAAACUUCAAAGUGUUCCCUUUCAAAUGGUGUCAAGAAUAUGCAUAUCCUUGCUUCAGGUCCUGAGCUACAAGCAGUGGGAUUUGGGUAUGUCAUUUUAGGUGAAAAUUGAGGUAUGGAUCCUUAAGAAGUACGAACAACAUAUUUGGUUGUACUGUGUAUGACUUCAAGAUGAUAGUUUCUGAAGAGUUAUUGGAGAAGACCCUUCCAGAAAUAUAGUGUAGUUACUCAUUUUCCACAUGGAAAUGAUGACAAUGACAUUAUUGGCAAUAACUAUAGCUAUCAUUGACAUUUACAUAACAUUUAUAUCGCCAUCGGCAUUGAGUGAACAGAAUAUUAGGAACACCUGCUUUCCCAUGACACAGACUGACCAGGUGAAUCCAGGUGAAACCUAUGAUGCCUUGAAACCUAUUGAUGUCACCUGUUAAAUCCACUUCAAUCAGUGUAGAUGGGGAGGAGGGGAGGAGACAGGUUAAAUUAGGACUUUUAAGACUUGAGAAAAUUGAGACAUGGACUCUGUAUGUGUCAUUCAGAGGGUGAAUGGGCAAGAUUUUUUUUCCAGUACCUUUGAACAGGGUAUGGUAGUAGGUGCCAGGCACACUGGUUCGAGUGUGUCAAGAACUGCAACGCUGAUGGGUUUGAAUGGUGAAUGAACAGAUAUGAUAACCAGUAGGUAUUUUACUGGACAUAUAUGAUAACCAGUAUGUAUUUCACUGGUCAGAUAUGAUAACCACUAGGUGUUUUACUAGACAGAUAUAACCACUAGGUGUUUUACUAGACAGAUAUAACCACUAGGUGUUUUACUAGACAGAUAUAACCACUAGGUAUUUUACUGGACAGAUAUAACCACUAGGUAUUUUACUGGACAGAUAUGAUAACCACUAGGUAUUUUACUGGACAGAUAUGAUAACCAGUAGGUAUUUUACUAGACAGAUAUGAUAACCAGUAGGUAUUUUACUAGACAGAUAUAACCACUAGGUAUUUUACUAGACAGAUAUAAGGGAUAUUUUCAGUUUUUCCACAGUUGAGGAGCCAAACUGCUGCAAAUAUUUUCUAUUCUACACAAUUCGUUGUUUAUUUAGUUAUUAAACAUCAUUCAAGACACGUUUCACCAGUGAAAAAGGACAAUUUAAUCCAAUAGUAUUUGACCUAAAAACCUAAGCCAGUCAGCAGCUGAAGCAGAUCCUUUCAUAUAGAUCCUUUCAUCCUUGCAGAAACAGACAACAGAAAUCCCAACGUUUAUGAAAAGCCUAGUCUUUGUGAUUUAAACUUCCUACUCUGUGUGUGUGUGUGUAUAUACAGUUGAAAUAGGAAUUUUACAUACAGUUAGGUUGGAGUCAUUAAAAUUAGUUUUUCAACCACUCCACAAAUUUCUUGUUGACAAACUAUAGUUUUGGAAAGUCAAUUAGGACAUCUACUUUGAGCAUGACGAAUAAUUUUCCAACAAUUGUUUACAGACAGAUUAUUUCACUUAGAAUUCACUGUAUUACAAUUCCAGUAGGUCAGAACUUUACAUACACUAAGUUGACUGUGCCUUUAAACAGCUUGGAAAAUUCCAGAAAAUGAUGUCAUGGCUUAAGGAGCUUCUGUUAGGCUAAUUGACAUCAUUUGAGUCAAUUGGAGGACCACGCAGCCGUCAUACCACGCAAACCGAAGAACACCAUCCCAACCAUGAAGCACGGGGGUGGCAGCGUCAUGGUGUGGGGGUGCAUUUGCUGCAGGAGGGACUGGUGCACUUCAAAAAGUGGAUUGCUUCAUGAGGAAGGUAAAUUAUGUGGAUAUAUCGAA